UUGUUAAAGUCAUAUAUUUUUCUACUGCAGUUAUCGGGUUAUAGACAUACAUUGAAACUGACUUGGGCCAGUAGGCUACUUGUAAUUUCAAAUCAGGAUUUUGAUCUGCUCAAGCAUGAAAAUGCGUGGUGCGUUGUUAACUGCUGGGAGCUUUGCGCUCACUGGAGCGGUCGUUGCAAAUGCAUGGAUACAAAAGAAACAAUUCUUUCCAACUGUUGUAUAUUUAACAAAGUCUAGUCCCUGCAUGGCGGUUCUUUAUAUCCAGGCAUUUGUGUUUGUUUUACUUUUGGGAAAACUAAUGCGAAAAGUAUUUUUUGGACAACUUCGUCCUGCAGAAACAGAGCAUCUCAUUGAGAGAUCUUGGUACGCUGUAACAGACACAUGUCUCGCGUUUACAAUGUUUCGUGAUGACUUCAGUCCAAGAUUUGUUGCUUCAUUCACUUUCUUACUUUUUUUAAAAUGUUUUCAUUGGUUAGCAGAAGAUCGUGUCGAUUAUAUGGAAAGAAGUCCUAUAAUAACACUCCUUUUUAAAUUCAGAGUAUUGUCUCUACUAUCUUUGCUUUCAAUACUCGAUGCAUAUUUUGUCAAUUCAUCUUAUGAAACCACAUUAAGCAAAGGUGCUUCAGUUCAAUUAGUUUUUGGCUUCGAGUACGCCAUUCUUUUAACGGUUUUACUCACAAUAACUUUGAAAUAUAUUCUUCAUUCGAUUGACUUGCAAAGUGAGAAUCCCUGGGAAAAUAAAGCCGUAUAUAUGCUUUAUGUUGAACUAGUAACAGGUUUCCUUCGUGUCAUAUUGUACACAUGCUUUACCGCAAUCAUGAUCAAGAUUCACACUUUCCCGUUGUUUGCAAUACGACCCAUGUAUCUCACUAUGAGGCAAUUUAAGAAGGCAGUUUCGGAUAUCGUCUUGUCAAGAAGAGCCAUCAGAAAUAUGAACACACUGUACCCAGAUGCAACUGCAGAAGAUUUAGCAGAAGGUGACAGCACCUGUAUUAUUUGCAGAGAAGAAAUGCAACCACCACAACCUGGCGCUCAACCCGGAAAUCGGCGAAAUACAGCAGGCAUCAACAAAAAACUACCAUGCAGUCACAUCUUCCACGCUGCUUGCCUACGAUCUUGGUUUCAAAGACAACAAACAUGCCCAACUUGCCGUCUUGAUGUUUUAGUAUCAGUGCCCACAACCACACCAGCACCACCACAGGCUGCUCCUCCACCUCAACCUGGUCAUCCUAAUGUUCCACCAGGAAUGGUUCCACCUGUACCUGGUCAAAAUCCUUUCAUGUUUCCACCAAUGUUCCCACCACCAGGAAUGUUUCACCAUCCACCCCAUCAACAACAACCUGUUCCCCCACCUGCUGCUGGUAAUGCUCAGCAAGCACCUGGUUCUUCUUCAAGCACUCAACCUUCCACAAGUUCAUCAGUUCCACCACACCCCGCAACUAACAUUCCUUCGCCGUUCAUGUUUAUGCCUCCACUACCUACGAUGAUGAUGCCACCACCACCUAUGCCUCCAGGAAACUAUAGUGGGAUGUCAGAUGAUCAGUUAAGGGCAAUGGAGGGAAUGGAAAGACGAGCUGUGGAAAAUAGACUGGAAUGCUUGAGAAAUAUUAAUUCCUUGCUUGAUGCAGCAAUGCUCCAAAUCACACAGUAUGUCACUGUGGUGAGAGGACAAGGACAACAAGGGUUCCAAAUUCCGCCGUUCGAUCCUAGUCAGCUACCGAAGCAAACCACCCCUGAGGCUGUACCCCCAGAAGAAGUGGGAUCCUCAUCGCAAUCUUUCUCCGCAAAUAUUACUUCAACUACUCAGCCACAAGCACAACCCACAGAGGAAUCUGAUAAUAUUCCUGGCACGAGUGGAAUUUCAGAGAUAAUAAGUGAGCAGACAGAUAUAAAAGAACCAUUACAAGUGGCCCACACAGCUACAGAGUCUGGCGAGAAUGAAGUUGUUGAACCAGAAGAUGCGAACGAACUUCGCAGGCGACGAUUGGCAAAACUAGAUUCCGCGAAAAACUUGCAAGAAAUGAACAAUGAUACCCCUGGAACUUCCUCAUAACGAAUGAAGCAUUCGACUUAUCCUGAACGCACAACAAAUAUCUAAUUCCCCCUGCCAUUUUGUACAUAAUGAAUUAUAUAGUAUAAUUAUUAUUUGACAAGAUAUGUAGGAGUCUAGCAAGGUAAGAUGUGGUUUUAAAGACACUUGAAUUACCCACAAUAGAGUUGGCGGUGAAUGAAAAUCAGUACUGGCCAUUCUAUGAAAUAUGCUUGGAAAGGACUUUUUAAAUGUUUAAAGGGAUAGAAAUGAGCUGAUAUUACUAAUUAUACUUCUAAAAGCUUUUCUGGUUUAUCCUGUGAGAGACAAUCACUUGUUGGUCUUGUAUUUGCAUUCACAGGAUCCUUGCAAAACAUGUAGGGAAUUUUAGGCAAAAAAAAUUUGUUCAGUACUGGUUGAAAUUUGUAAGCAUGAAAUGAAUAGCAUGCGUCUCAGCAAAAAAAUUCUCUUUUGACAAAACUUCAAUUCUUGUGGAAACAGGGAAAAUCGAAGUGGUCUUAAAAGUGUAGCGCAAAAUUCUGCUUGUAGCACCUUUGCAAUAUUCUAUUAUUAUAAAUUCUUUGUAAGUUGGUGAAUGGUGAAGGGUCUAUUUUAUCAUAAGUUUUGUCUUAGUUAUAUUUUUUGUUUUAGUAUUUUUGUGCAAAAGAAACUAUGUGAUUUUGAUGUGGUAUAUAAUGGAAGAAAUACAAUUAUACAUCGGAAGAAUGAAA